AUGCGGUGCCCGGCGCUGCUGCUGCUGCCGCUGCUGGCGGCCGUGCUGCUGCACGCGGCGGCCGCGGCCGGCGGAGGCAACGGGAGCUGCGUGCGGAGCUGCGGCCGCAUGACGCUGCCGUACCCGUUCGGCUUCUCCAGCGGCUGCACCGUACGCCUCGGCUGCCACGUCGGGGCCGACGGCGUCGGCGCCGCGUGGCUCGGCGGCGCGCCGGAGCUGGGCCUGCUCGUGCGCAACGUCACGCCGCGCGCGCUCACCCUCAACCUGCAGCCCGACUGCGAUCGCUCGUUCAAUGCGUCCGUCGCGGCGCUCUUCUCGGACAGCUACGCGCCCUCCUCCCGGAACGGGCUCGUCGUCAGGUCAUGCAGCAGCGCCGAGGCUGACCGCAUCAGAAACUGCAGCAGCGACUACAUCAACCGAACCACGUCCCACUGCACCGCCAACGAGCCCAUCCGCUGCAUCCUGCCCCCUUCCAACACCACCAGCGGCCACCAUUUUCUGAACAAGAGCGAGGUGCUCAGGUCCAACUGCACCGGGCUGGUGACGGCGGUGAGCUACUCGGACGCGCAGGGGCCGUCGCUGCUGCUCGAAGCGCUGGAGCUGGACUGGUGGGUGCCGGGGCGGUGCGGCUGCGCCCCCAGAGCCACCUGCACCCAGUUCAACGCGACGACGGCGAGGCGGGAGGCGUUCCGGUGCGAGUGCCCGGAGGGGCUCCAGGGCGACGGCUUCGUCGACGGCGCCGGUUGCCGGGAAGUUUCCAAGUCCAAGUGCGAUCGCUCGAAUUACCUAUCAAGAGAUUGUGGCAAGAUCGUCCUCGUUGGUCUUAUCAUGGCAGGAAUAGUUUUUGGAGCCAUGGUGACGGGCAUCGGCUGCGUGGUGUGCCACGUGCUGAAGCGCCGUUCCGCGUCCAUCCGGUCGCAGCAGAGCACGAAGCGGCUCCUGUCGGAGGCGGACUGCACGGUGCCGCUCUACUCGUACCGCGAGAUCGAGCGCGCCACCAGCGGCUUCUCCGAGGACCACCGGCUCGGCACGGGCGCCUACGGCACGGUCUACGCCGGCCGCCUCAGCGACAACCGCCUGGUCGCCGUGAAGCGGAUCAAGCACCGCGACAACGCCGACGGCGGCCUGGACUCCGUCAUGAACGAGGUGAAGCUGGUGUCCUCGGUGAGCCACCGCCACCUGGUCCGCCUCCUGGGGUGCUGCAUCGAGCAGGGCCAGCAGAUCCUGGUCUACGAGUUCAUGCCCAACGGCACGCUGGCGCAGCACCUGCAGCGGGAGCGCGGCCGGCCCGCCGUGCCCUGGACGGUGCGCCUCCGCGUGGCCGCCGAGACCGCCAAGGCCAUCGCGUACCUGCACUCGGAGGUGCACCCGCCCAUCUACCACCGCGACAUCAAGUCCAGCAACAUCCUGCUGGACCACGAGUACAACUCCAAGGUGGCCGACUUCGGGCUGUCCCGGAUGGGCAUGACCUCCGUCGACUCGUCGCACAUCUCCACGGCGCCGCAGGGCACCCCGGGGUACGUGGACCCGCAGUACCACCAGAACUUCCACCUCUCCGACAAGAGCGACGUGUACAGCUUCGGCGUGGUGCUGGUGGAGAUCAUCACGGCCAUGAAGGCCGUCGACUUCACCCGGGGCCCCAGCGAGGUCAACCUGGCGCAGCUCGCCGUGGAGAGGAUCGGCAGGGGCUGCGUGGACGACAUCGUCGACCCCUUCCUGGACCCGCACCGGGACGCGUGGACGCUCACGUCCAUCCACAAGGUGGCGGAGCUGGCCUUCAGGUGCCUCGCGUUCCACAGCGAGAUCAGGCCGUCCAUGGCCGAGGUCGCCGACGAGCUGGAUCAGAUACAGGUCAGCGGGUGGGCGCCGUCGGCGGACGACGCCGCGUUCAUGUCGACCACGUCGUCGCUCUGCUCGUCGGCGCCGUCGCGCGGCACGGACAAGUCGCUGGGGCCGGACAAAGGCAGGGGCGAGGCGUUGCCGACGUCUGCCCCGGCGACGGCGGUGGCUGAGCGGGAGACGGAGAAGGGCGCGGCGGGGUCCUCCCCUGUGUCCGUCCAGGAGAGGUGGUUCAGCGACAGGAGCUCCCCUUCCUCCAAUAGCCUGCUCGGGAAUAGCAGCUCGCUUCACUGA